UGUAGAGCAUUUUUUGUAUAACUUUGUAUAUGUUACAAGUCCCAUGAAUCAUAUACAUGAACAAGCCAAGCCCAUGAGUGAUGAUUGGUCAAGCCCAACGCUAACCCUUUCAGUCUCUUCGCCUUCCCUAAGGAGGGAAAAUUCCCAAUUUUGAAAUCAAACACAGAAAAGUCCAAAACGUUCUCUGUAACCAACCUCGAUCCCAUGGAUGAACCCGAUUCGGAUCCCGGAUCCUACCCAACUCCGCCCGCUUCGGUCCAUCUCGCAUCCUUCUCAUCUCUCACUCCGCCUCCCUCUGCUCGUCUCCUCCUCUCACGCCACGUCACUCCUCGUACCCGCCCACUCGAAUCGUCCACGCCCCUACCUUACCUAUCUCUCCAGGGUUUGCUGGACGAAGCCAGCUCGGCGCGAUCCAUCGGCGGCGGUGGACUGAGCCGAGAGGAAGCUCUCGCGUGGGAGCUCUUUACACCGUACCAGAGGUUCCUGAUUGUGGCGGUUAUCGGCGUCGCCGCUGCUGAGUCGAAGAAGAACGAUGUGAUGGCUCAGCUCCAGAACUCGGUUGAUCUCAGGGACCAGCUUCUUUCAUGUAUGCAACAGAAGCUGGAUAAUUUGUGUCAACAGCUAAGUCUUACCAAGGAUCAGUCUGGAGAUGGAUCCAAGGUGGUAGAUUAUGAUGGUGAUCUACAAUCAGCUAUCAAAGUAAAGUUUGGAUCUGAGAAUGUUAAAAAAAUUGUAGACUGUGGUUGCUGGCUAUGUGAUCAACAUCAUCACUCCUCGCCUGCUAUACAGGAUAAAGCUCCCGCAGGUAUGGUGAUUGACGCUGAGCCUGAGGAGAGGCGUAUGUCUUACUUGUCAGAUUGGUGUUCUAGUGACACUACUGCUGCAGAAAUGCAUUUUGAUAAUCUUUCACUCGACCAAGACAUGCUUUCUCUCAGAAAAGAGUGUCAAGAGAAGGAUGAAACAAUAAAGGACUUAACUUCAUUUCUUCAGCUAACCAACAAAGCUGGUUCAAAGCGAGAAACAGAACUUGAAGAGAUUGUUCGCAGGAAGAAGAUAAUUAUCAAGAAGCUCAAGAGGGACGCACUGAUGUUAGAAGAAAAGGUUACGCAGCUCACUAGGCCACGGAGGUGGUCCUGUUCAGCUGCAAUCCCGAGCACCCGUGAAUUCCCAAUGAGACUGGACAAUCUUCUUUAUGAUGUGGAUGCUUCUACAAGUUCUUCAUCCUCAGAUUCAGAAACUCCUCCUGCAUACACACCUCGACCAACUGUGUUGGAGGAUGCUCCAGUUGAUUCCAUCAAGGAGGAGCCGUCAGCUUUGGGACAAACCCAAAAAUCAGCGCCAGAUAAAUCAUUGGUCUCACUUGUGAAAGCUGUGGAGACGCCUUCAGUAGUUAGUCCAUCGACUAAUGGGAAGCCUGUUUCAGUUUCCUCCUCUUCUUCUUCUCCAAGGAUGAGACGGGCGUCUUCUUCUAGUGGUGAUUCAAGGAAACCUAGAAGGCCAAUUCAGGUUGCCCCAAGAGCUUCCUUUGGUUCGAGUAAGAGAUGGGUUUAGUACACAUUUGUGUGUACCGGUAAGUAUCUAAAAGCAUGUAGCUAAAAGAAUGAUGUAUAUUCCAGAAUUACGUUUCUUAAGGAUGAUGACUUCAUAUCAGUAACUCUCAGUACUGAGUUUUGAAUUGGGUUCUUUGAGUUUGAACUUUGAAACAUCAGAGUGUCUGUUCAAUCGGUUAAUGAAACAAACAUAUUGUUAUCUA